UUGUUCCGAUCUAUCGGCUGCAGCAGUUGAUCGCUCUGGAGUCGGGACCAUCAGGUACUUUCAGUUCAGGACCCUAGUUUCCACCAGCACCGUUUUGCUCUAACUGCCCGAUGGCAGACCUCACCGUUGAAUUCCUGCAAAACCUCCUUGGUGAAGAUUAUCCAGAUGUGGUGAUACUUGAUUUUGAGGGUGCGCCGGGAUCUAAAAGAGGUGAUAACUACACCUCGAUGGUGUACCGGAUUACUCUGAAAGGCAUUCGUAAACAUGUAGAGCCAGAUGGCUCGAGCGAGAAAGAUGAACCCUGGGAAGGUUCCGUGAUCUACAAGUGUCUGCCAGAGAGCAUUUUACGCAGGGAGGCCUUUAAAAGCGACGAGUUGUUCUGUAACGAAGUGGCGUUCUAUAAUAAAAUUUGGCCAGCUCUUUUUAACUUUCAAGCGCAAUGGGAGAGUGUAAAAACUCCAUUUAAAGCUAUACCAAAAUGUUAUUUGGCCCAAAAUGACCUAGUAAUCCUGAAAGAUCUGAAGCAAUUGGGAUUCACGAUGCCGGAUCGUAAACAAGGACUGAGUAUUGAGCAAUGUUACUUUGUACUGAAACAGCUAUCGCAGUUCCAUGCUCUGUCGUUAGCAAUGAAGUGCGACAACCCUGAAGGGUUUUACGAGUUGUUGAACAUCCAAGAUGGCAUUUCUGAAGUGUUCUUUGUAGCUGAAAACCAGGAGUACUACAGGAGCUAUUACCGCGAGGCAGGUCGUAACGCCAUCGCUAUGGUGGAGAAAGAGCUGGAAGGUUGUGAGGACAAGGAGUUGUACGUUGGAAAACUUCGAAACUUCUGUGAAGAAGAAUCGUUCUUCCAGACCAUGGUAGAGCUAGUCACGCCUAAGGAACCUUUAGCGGUGAUUACGCACGGUGACUGCUGGACCAAUAAUCUGUUAUUCAGAUAUGUUGAUGGAGAAAUUGCAGAGAUGUUCAUCGUGGAUUUCCAGUUGGUUCGUUACGCGUCACCCGCGCUGGACUUGGUGUACCUGAUAUACUUGUGCCUGGACCGUCAGCAACGCACCGACCAUCUGACUUCCUUGCUGGAGUACUACACAGAUGAGCUGCACAGAAGGGUGGUGGAGAUGAGCGAGGAUGAUUCCAUCUUCAAUACCACCUUGAACAGGGAUGCGCUGUACGAAUUGCUUCAGGAAGAGUUCAAGCGCAGCAGCCGCUUCGGUCUGGGCAUCGCCCUGGAUAUGUACCCCAUCAUGACCUGCGACAGUGCUGAGGCCCCUAACCUUUAUCAGGAGAAGGAGGUUGGCUCGGCGCCGUCUCACGACAGCGUCAAACCUGUGUGGACAGCAAAUGCGGAGUGCAGGAAGAAGAUGACUGAUCUGGUGCAAGAGCUCGUUGAGGCAGGAGUCUUAUAAGAUUAUUAUAUCUCUGUAUAUUUAUUAUAUUAUCCUUUUAUGUAUCCGAAAUGAGAUGUCUUCAACAUGCUUAGAUUUUAGAUACAUAUCGUUUACAUAACUCAACAAAACAGGGUGUAUUUUGGUAUACAAAGGUUUUUUUAAGUCGACCGUGGUCUAUGCUAUGACAACUCGACCAAUAACUUGACCAUAGAGCUAGGAAAAAUGAAGUACCUACCAACUAGAUUAAGUUAAGUAAGUAUUUUAAAUUAGUUAUAUUAUGAAUUUUAAAGGCAAGGUAAGGAACUCGAUGGCUCGCAUUGUUUUAAUAGUUUCCUAAAACGGUUGACUAGCUUGUAAUUCUUGUAUUAGUUAUUAUAGGGCAGAUGUGGUAAAUGUGGCACCUGCCAAUUUAUAGAAUUAAUCAGUACCUGGAGUGAAUUGAAGAAACAAAAGCUUUAUUACGAUGGCACUUGUUAAGUAGGUAACUAUGUGAGGCAUAUUGGAAAGAGGGAAAUAUCUCUUGCAAAGAGUUGGUAAGUACAUUAGUUGGUACCUACUAAAGAAACUAACAUGCUGAUUCGAAAAGACGUGUCUUGAACUAGAUUCAAGAAGAUGAAGCUAUAGUAACAUAUUAUACAUCAAUGAGAUAAAGGAUCGGACUUGUACUAAGUUUAAGUAGGCACAUUAUUAGUCUUUUGUUUUAUUUUGUUUCGAAUAAGUAAUAAAAGUAAGUA